UGAAAACUAACUCUUUCAAUUUAUUCUUUUUUGAAAGACUAUAACUAUUGGGUUGAUGCAAAAGUUCGUCCCGUUUUUAACACCAACUGGCUAAAAGCACAACACUGAAGUGUUAUUUCUUUCACAUGUGUAAAAUUUCGACGUUGUUUGACAGAAGGGAUCUCAGCUAGUAUUUGAGAAUAAAGUUGUCUUACUUAGUUGUGUUUUUAAAAUUUUGUUAAGCAUUACAAAUGGCAGAAAAUAAGGAGCAUUUUCGACAUAUUAUGCUUUUUUAUUUCCGAAAAGGCAAGAAUGCUUCGCAGACACAAAAAAAGAUAUGUUCUGUGUAUGGUGAGGGAGCCAUUGAUGAUUCCACGUGCCGUAAGUGGUUUAGAAAGUUUCGUGAAAGCAAUUUUAACCUUAGCGAUGCACCACGUUCUGGACGACCAGCCGAGGCUGAUGACGACAAAAUAUUGGCACUAAUUGAAAGUGAUCGACACAAAACAACUCGAGAGAUUGGAGAAAUUCUUGGAAUCAAUCAGUCAACAGUGUCAAGGCGAUUACAUCAACUUGGAAUGGUAAGCAAGGCCGAUGUAUGGGUGCCGCACGAGUUAACAGAAAAAAAUUUGAUAGACCGAAUUUCUGCUUGCGAUUCUCUAUUGAAGCGCAAUGAAAUUGACCCAUUUUUAAAGCGAAUCAUUACAGGUGAUGAAAAAUGGAUUGUGUACAAUAAUGUUAAGCGUAAAAGAUCAUGGUGUAAGCACGGAGAUGCCCCUUCAACCAGCGCAAAAGCCAGUUUACAUCCAAAGAAGGUUAUGCUAUGCAUUUGGUGGGACUGGAGGGGAAUCAUUUAUUAUGAGCUGUUACCUGAAAAUCAGACCAUUAAUUCAGAGAAAUACUGUUCACAACUAAGUGAAUUAAAGCGAGCAAUUGACCAGAAGCGACCUGAAUUAGCCAACAGAAAGGGCAUUGUGUUCCAUCAAGACAACGCUAGACCACACGUGUCUUUGGCCACCCGACAAAAACUUUUACAACUUGAUUGGGAUGUUUUGGUCCAUCCACCAUACUCUCCUGACCUUGCACCCUCUGACUACCAUUUAUUUAGAUCACUUCAAAACAGCUUAGAUGGUAAAAACUUUACUUCCUUGGAAGACUUGAAAAAUCACUUGGAUCAGUUUUUUAGCCAGAAAUCUCAGAAAUUCUAUGAGCACGGGAUUAUGCAGCUACCGGAAAGAUGGAGAAAGGUCAUCGAACAGAAUGGCACAUACUAUAUUGAUUAAAUGUAAGUUUUAGUAAAUAAAAUUUUUCUUUGAUUCUUUUAAAAAAAACGGGACGAACUUUUGCAUCAACCCAAUAUAA